GUUUGUUCCCCUUGUUGAUUCGGUAUUCUUCUGUUACGCCUUUAUCUUCAAAAAUUGUUCCACGGCUGAACUAGUAUUUCAUAAGCAAUACGAACAAAACGAAACAAUUCAUCUGACUGACGUGUGCACAACCCUUGAACUUGAUGCGCUUUAUGCACGUGAUGGCACCCACCAGCGGGAAAAGGCAAUAAGUCGCUAUAAAUCAUAUAAAUCAUGCCACAUAUUUCAGACCCGUGUCAGUACAAGUUACUUUGCAUACAAAUCCGCAUCACAUAAUGACCAAUAUAGUAAGAAAUGGUCGGUUAAUCCUGCUCUUCUUGGGAAUUCUCCCCAGUGUGAUAGACAAUCUUUCCGCAAACAACGGAAAGGAUAACAUAUAUAAGUCAGCUCCGCGUAUUCUUUCCAGCGAUGAAUACCAAAUCGAGAAACCACUAAUUGAUGGCGAUCAUCCGCGUGAAUUGAUCAGCAACGGACAUGUGGUAUCAAGUGAAUACGAACGAUUGCAGCAGACUAACGAUGUAUUGCCUUACAAACCAAGAUAUUCGGGUGUUGGCUUCGUAACUAAAUCUAAUUUUAAUAAGACAAAAAUUGCUGCAGGUGAUCGAAAUACCCACCCACUUUCGAAGAAGUUUGCGUCCCCUGGACACAAGGGUCGCAUAUUGCUAAACAAUCACAUCGAAGACGAUGAUGCAGCAGCAACAGACGUGAAAAGCGAUCUACGCUCGGGAAGUUACUUUGAUGGCAACGGAGAUUGGUUCCAUAACGCUCAUCAUGGAUCAAAUAUCGGCGGAGUUUGGACAAAUGAAUUGGCUUUCGAUAAUGGCAUUGGAAGUGACAAUCACAAUCUGCCCGCGGCGAUCGGACAAUCGCACGGACACGCUUUAUUGGGGGUACAUCUGCUAAAUCCGUUCAUACUGGUGGCAAUGUUAUCGUUUGUGAUUAGUUUAAUGAACGCACUUCUCGGAAUAGUUGAUAAGUUCAGGUUACCCGUUGUUAGAGCACGCGGAGUGUCCAACGUGUCAACGCCAAAGUAUUCUCGAGCUAUAAACAAGAAAGUUCCAAGUGAACUGGAUGAUUUGAUUCCUAUUUUAUGGAAAAGACACAACGAAUAAUGUAAAAUGUUAUGCCUAAG